AUGAAGGAUUUGUCGCUUGAAUCCGCAAAGCCAUCGACUCCAAAUCCUGUCAAGCGACGACGCCGAGGUGGUCCAAGAAACAAAACUGGUGACGAUACGUGCAAGGCACGCCACACACGGUGCGACGAGGGGAAGCCUUGCACUACUCACAUGCAGACGGGCCACGGCAAGCUGCGGCCGAUGCUCCGUCUUCUGCCAGCAACCAACAAGCACACUUCCUAG